UCUGUCUGAACUUUGUUGACGUCCGUGUGGCUGUCACCUGUCAGACGCGCUUCCUCAACUAACAACCGUUGGUGUUUUACGUUCGUCGUAGAAAUCAACGACAAACCAAUCGUGCACUAAUGAUAUCCACAGUAGAUCUAACACAUAAUGAAAGCAAAUCAAAUAUGACACAAACACAAGAUAAUCCUAACAGUAACAACUGUAAUAAAGACCUAAACAAUGUUGGACUUUUGCAAGUCGUGUCACCAGAAAAUGAAAAAAAUAUUAUCAAUAUUGAAGAUAGCGAAGAUGAAGUUGAAGAAGAUAGCGAUGUGAAUAAAGAGAAACUACGUGAUAGGCAAACUAUAAGAACUGAAAAAGCUACAAUUUCAGUAACACCAAGUCAAGGAACAGUGUUUUGGGUGAUGUUACAACCUCAAGAGAUGCGUGCAAAUGUUGUCAACAAUGGAAAGAAACAACAAGAAAAGCAAACGAAUGAUAAAAGCGCAACACUAGGUAAAACAAGUAUAUUGCGAACAGUUUUAAUGGAUUCUGUGACGAUACAAGAGAAUGAAAAAAGAAGCCAAAGAGAAAAACAUCCUGUAAAAGCUUUGAAGCCAAAGAAAGCGCAUGACACAACUAGUGAAAGAAAGAACAACAAAAAAGAAACAACAAUAGUGAUUGAAGAUAGCGAUAAGGAUGACGAUGAUGAAUCUAAUGUACCGCACAAAGUAGUUGGACGCCGGACAAAAUGCGCCAACAUCGUAAAAUGCAAAAAAUUUACCUCUCAGUACUACAAGUGUAUGCAAUGCAAUUAUGCAACAGGAUUGUUGAGUUAUUUUCGCGAACAUUUACAAAGUGAUAGACACAAAUGGUUGCUUAGAGAGAAAAAGUGUGUCAGUAAAUGUAUAGAUAAAGAAAAAACAACUAAAAACGAAAAGCCAAGGAUAAAAUUCAAUCCGCAGAUAAAGUUAGUGAGUGAAAUUAUCAAAGAAUACGUAAAAGAACAGCAAAACAAAAAAGAAAAAGCGCCAAUAGUUAUUGAAGAUAGUGACAAAGAAGAGGACGUCGUUCAAGACGAAAUAGAAGUGGAAGAAAAUAGGUUGCAAUCUAGUGUACAAGAAAAGGUAGUAGAAACCCAGGCCACCAAUCCCAGCGUUCCACAGCAAACUCCUUUGGUGUAUAACUGCGAACCGUGCCGUUAUACCACAGAACACAAGUUUUAUUUUGAGAUUCAUUUACAGAGCGAAAAACAUGCAAGUGCAAUUGGAAAUGGUCCAAACUCCAGCACAAAAAGAAAACGAAACGACGAUACACCCACUGAAAACAACAACCAAACGACAAUAAUUAUUGAAGAUAAUGAUAAACAAGAUGAAGCACAAACAAGAAGCCAGAAAAAACUGCUCUUCUCUCGUUAUCAGAUUGUUCAAGGACUCGCAAAGAAUCAUGCCUUGUUUCUAAAGCAACCGACUUCUGGAUGGUAUGUGUGUGACCCGUGCGGUUAUGCAACCGACACAAAACGAUUUUUUGUAAAACACGUAAAAACCGAAAAACACAAGCGUGUCGUCAAAUCGUUGAAAGAUGUAACCAGCUCUUCAAUCGGUGAACUAAAAACGGAGAAGUGGUACAAAUGUGAGCUUUGCAAUUAUAUAACUAAACAGAGGAAAUGUAUAUAUUUACACUUCAAAAGCUGCGAGCAUAUCGAUACUGUGGUUGCUGCGGCAACUGGUGAUCACAGAGAAGAUGAUUGUGUACGAAAUUGUAAUUUUUGUAAUUAUGUAACGGUAAGCAAGGUAAAUUUAAGAGUACAUAUUUUGGAAAGGCAUAGACAACCCAGAGGGGUUUAUCAGUUCUGGUGCAAAAUCUGCAACUAUAGAACCCAUGAUAGAGAGUUUUUCAGGUUUCAUUUUCGCCACACAAAACAUAAAGUUGCAAUGAUUCAAAUGACAGAAAAGUUGAAAAAGGUUGAUAGCGAGAUGAUCGUGGAUGAAGUAGUGGAGGAUUUGGAGGAGAAUGAACGUGAAAACGUUGCCGAAAGCGCAGAACUCUCAAACGAUACAGACUGGACGGAAAUUGAAGUCAUCGUUGAAAAAGAAGAAGAAGAAGACAAUGAAUUGGCGAUAGAAACACAUAAUUCUGAUGAAAAUAGUGUUGACCAAUUUCUAUUUGAUUCGUGUAGUUUGAACGCUGCAGAAUGUGAUUCUUUGCAGCUGGACGGUUUGAACCAGGAUGCAUACAGUGAAGAAAUCAAUGCACAAGAUACUGAAGACUGGGCUGACGUUGACGUGGAAGAAGACACAAGCUACAUUGAAAAUGAAGAAAUUGACACAAAUUUAAACAAUCACCUCAGAUAAUAUAUUUUGUACAAGCGCCAUAUUAACUAUGAUGUGAGUUCUGUGAAUUGAAGCAAUUUACAUCACUUUUUUGUUAAUUCAGUCGAGGUACAAUUUGAGUUCUUGUCAAAAUACGAUAAAAUUUUGACACAUACUUUAGAUUUAAGUGAGUAAAUUUAUACUUACAAGAUUAUUUAAGUUAUUUAUAAUAAAACCGAUAUUAAACGUUU